AUGGCCUCACACUCAAUCUCAAAUCCCCUUUCCCUCCAAAUGCUGACCACUUUCUUGAUCCUUUUAUCCUUUCCCCUCAAUUCCAUGUGCCUGAAAGUAGAAAAACAGGCCCUAAUGGAAAUCAAGAAACAGUUGAUUGAUCCUCUUAACUACCUCGAAUCAUGGAAAGAUUCCGAUUCCGAUUCCGAUUCUCCUUGCCGUUUUUACGGAGUUCUCUGUGAUCAAGAAACUGGGCUAGUCACAGAAAUCUCACUGGACAACAAAUCCCUAUCAGGAACUAUAUCGCCCUCGAUUUCUGCUCUGAAAAAUCUAACUUCUUUAGUUUUGCCAUACAAUCGGAUCUCAGGGGCUCUCCCUACCGAACUUCAAAGUUGCGUAAAUUUGAAAAAAAUGAAUGUCUCAGGUAAUUACCUGAAUGGCACUGUGCCUGACUUGUCCAGCCUGAAAAAUCUAGAAGUUCUUGAUUUGUGUGAUAAUGAUUUCACCGGACCUUUUCCGGCAUGGCUCGGUAAUCUGACGAGCCUUACGUCGUUGAGCCUCGGAGAUAACGAUUUCGACGAGGGUGAAAUACCGGAUACCAUUGGAAAUUUAAGGAACUUGUACUAUCUUUUUUUAGCAGGUUCGAAUUUGAGAGGUGAAAUACCUGAAUCUUUGUCUGGGCUAGAGGCAUUAGGUACGCUGGAUAUAUGUCGGAAUAAAAUCUCCGGCGAGUUCCCCCGGUGGAUCGACAAGCUGAAAAACCUGUUCAAAAUCGAGUUGUACCUGAACAACUUAACCGGCACGUUGCCUGACCGGAUAGCCGACCUGACCCUUCUGCAGGAAUUCGAUAUUUCGGUUAACCAAUUGUCUGGCGAGAUUCCCCGGAGAAUGGGGAACCUUACGAGGCUAACCAUCUUUCAUGUUUUUAGGAACAACUUUUCCGGCGAGAUUCCUGCCGGUUUUGGCGAGAUGCGUAAUCUCGUUUCGUUUGGGAUCUACAUGAACCGGUUCACGGGCCUUUUCCCGCCGAAUCUGGGCCGUUACUCGCCGUUGAACUCCAUCGACAUAUCGCAAAACGGGUUUUCGGGCCCACUGCCAAAGUACCUCUGCCAGCUAGGGUCGCUGAAGAAGCUGCUGGCGAUCGAAAACGAAUUUUCUGGUGGCUUUCCGGAAAAUUACGCCGACUGCCCCACGUUACAGAGGCUGAGGGUCAGCAGCAAUCGCCUCGAGGGGCCCGUUUCGAGUCGAGUGUGGGCCCUACCGAACGUCCACAUGAUGGAUUUUAGCAACAAUAAUUUUUCGGGGGGGAUAUCGGGUGAUCAUAUAGGGGUUGCUUUGCAAUUACAGGAGUUGAUCCUGUCGAACAAUGGCUUCUCGGGAGAGCUGCCGAAAGAGCUCGGAAAGGCCUCGCUUAUCGAGCGUAUCUCUCUAAGCAAUAACAAAUUUUCCGGGAAAAUCCCACCGGAACUCGGAGGUUUGAAACAGAUCACGUCUAUACAAAUGGACUCGAACAAGUUUACCGGUUCAAUACCUCCCGAGCUAGCUACCUGUCCUCGGUUGGUCGAUUUAAACCUCGCCUCAAAUUUUCUUACCGGCCAAAUCCCAAGCGUUUUCUCGAAAAUGACCUCGUUGAACGCACUGAACCUGUCAAGAAACGGGCUCACGGGCUCUAUCCCGUCGGGCUUCGACAAGCUGAGGCUCUCGCUAGUCGAUCUCUCGUACAAUCGCCUCUCGGGAAAGGUCCCGCCGUAUUUUUUGUCCAUAGCCAGUGAUAAGGCCUUGUUUGGGAACCGAAAUUUGUGCAUAGAAGAAAACGAGAGCACGAAAAGGUUCGUGAACUCGAACAUUAGCUUUUGUGAUGGGAAAAUCAGUAACAAAAGCUUCUUUAAGAGCAAAGUAGUUAUCUAUUGCACUAUUUUGCUCGUCUUGGUUGUUAUACUGCUCGGGUUAAUGCUCGUGAGCUCUACGAACUCGGAGCGGGCCGGGCCCGGGAGAUGCUUUGGUCCCGGAAAGGGAAAUAGUCCUCCGAACUGGAGGCUCGAGAGCUUCCAGAAGAACGAGUUCGAAUUGGAUGCCGACGAAAUAUGCCAAGCGGACGAGGAGAAUCUGAUCGGGUGCGGGAGCACGGGAAAAGUGUACCGGCUCGACUUGAGAAAAGGCGGUGGCACGCUGGCCGUUAAGCAAUUAUGGAAGGGUAGUGGGAUCAAAUUGAUAGAGGCUGAAAUGAAAAUAAUGGGAAACAUCAGGCACAGGAAUAUACUGAAGCUUUACGCUUGUUUGACGAGGGAGAGUUCGCAUUACUUGGUUUUCGAGUACAUGGCAAACGGGAAUCUGUUUCGGGCCUUACGUGGGGUGAUUAAAUUCGGGCGGCCCGAAUUGGAUUGGUGCCAGAGGUACAAAAUCGGGCUUGGGGCCGCGAAAGGGCUCGCGUAUUUGCAUCAUGAUUGCAGCCCGGCUAUCAUUCACAGGGACAUAAAGUCGACCAAUAUAUUGCUCGACGACGAUUAUGAGGCGAAGAUUGCCGAUUUUGGUGUGGCGAAGGUGGUGGAUAACGUCUCGCCAAACAGGUCGGAGAUGAGCUGUUUCACGGGGACUCACGGAUAUAUUGCUCCCGAGAUGGCUUAUUCGCUCAAACUCACCGAAAAGAGUGACGUGUACAGCUUUGGGGUCGUCUUGCUUGAGUUAGUGACCGGAAAAGGAGCGGUAGAAGAUGAGUACGGUGAAGGGAAGGAUAUAGUUUACUAUGUCUCGACUCAUCUCGACACUCGGGAGAAUAUUGUUCGAAAAGUUCUUGAUCAAAAAGUGGUCUCUGAGCAGGUUCAAGAUGACAUGAUUAAGGUCUUGAAGAUUGCGAUUCGUUGCACGGCUAAGCUCCCGAACCUAAGGCCGAGUAUGAAAGAAGUUGUUAAGAUGCUCGUUGAUGCCGAGCCGGCCGGUUUCAAAUCUGCAGAUGAUGAUUUUGCAGAAAAAUGA